AUGUUGAAAGGUUUGCAUCUUCUUUUCGUACCACGGGUCAAUAGUGCCGUGGAAAGGUAUCGACUUAAAAUAUGGCGCAAUGCAGGUGCCGAUUUUAAGGAUAUGAGAGAUAUUAGCAAGGCCAAGAUUCUGCCGAUUAAGGAUAGUUUUUUUGUUAUUGUUAACGAUCUUGCUGAUGUGGCCGAGAGAGACCAAGCUGUUGCCAAUGUUAAGAGUAAACUUGCUGAUCCCAAAACUUUGUUCCUUAAUAGUGAUUGGUUGUUCAAAUCUAUGAAGGAAAGUAAGUUAUUGCCAUGCAGAGAGUUCAUUUAUCACCUCACUGUUGAACCUCAGAGAAAGAAAUUGAAAUUUGCCGAUGAAAAUGGUAAGAAGAAACAUAUUGAUCAGAUUGAUGGUAUUGUUUCCAUUCUCGUAAGAAAUAGAGACCAUAAGCCAAUCGACAAGAUGCGUCAGAAAGUAUUGACGACGAAUAAGUUGAUUACAGAGCAGUUUGAGAGAAUGAUUGAUCUUUUGGAGGUUGAGAAGGUGAUUGAUCCUACUGCAGAAUUCCGAACAAUUCAGUAUAGAAACGCCUUAAAGACUAUACAGACUCUUACGUCACCCAUAAAAUCCGCAGAUGUUUUGGACAGUUACUAUGGAUUUGGAAAGGCACUAAAAAGUCACAUCACCGAGAUUUUGAGUACGGGUACGUUUGCUAAACUUGAAGUGUUACAAAAAAAGGUUUCUGCAAAUAAAGAUCUUCGACUAGUGAACGAGAUAUGUGUGAUUCAUGGAUUCGGACCCGUCACAGCAUACAAGUUGAUAAGAAAAUAUGACAUUGUCGAAGUGAGUGAUUUACAGAAUAAGAAAGUUUAUGAAUCACUUACUAAACAGCAACGACUUGGAUUAAAAUACAAGAAUGACUGGGGUCAAAGAAUUCCUCGGCGUGAUGUGGAGAGACUUUAUCAACGGAUGCUCGAUAUUGUGGCUGGCAACGUUAUUGGUGAUAUAUCAAACAAACCGGUAAUAAAAAUAGCCGGAUCAUACCUACGUGGAAAGAAAGAUUGUGGUGAUAUGGAUAUCAUACUAUAUCAAAAGGGCUUGAAUGAUCCACAGCAAUUGCAUAAGCUGCUUUAUGAAUUGGUAACACUUUUGGAAAAAGAGAGAUUUAUCAAUUGUGAGUUGACCGAAAUCACGCCGAAAAGCAACAAAUUCAAUGGGGGGUGUGUUUUAAGUGAGGAUCCGGACGAGAUAUGUCGUAGAAUCGACAUAAUUUGUGUGGAAUAUCAGCAAUUAGGCAGCACUAUGAUAUAUUUCGUUGGAAACGAUACAUUUAAUAGGGGGCUUCGGCUCAUAGCCAAUUUAAAGGGAGAGAGGUUAAGUGAUAAGGGAUUGGUUGAAGUUGUUGAGAAAUCUGAUGGAAUUGAGGAAGAGAGACUUAUUGAAAGCUUUGAUGAAAAGAAGAUUCUUGAGUUAUUGGGAGUUGGCUGGGUUGACUAUACUGAUAGGAAUGUGUGA